CGCCCUGUCUGGAGUGUUCCUGAAAAAUAGAUUUGAGCUACUUGUGCAAAGCUAAAAACACCACAAUAUUAUUCACAAUAGUCAAACUAAGUUGUCUUCUUUCGGGAAUAUAUCGAAAGUCACAAGACCACACUUCCUCUAUCGUCUGCAAUUCUACCAUGGUCGGUGUUAAAGUGAUUGGGAGUGAUCCGGAAUUUCUACCGGAGCUAGCGGCCGCCGGCUCGAGGCUCGCGGUGGUAAAGUUCACAAUGGCCGGAUGCCGGCCAUGUGUCAGAAUAGCUCCAGCGUUCAACAUGUUGAGUAAUAAGUAUCCCCAGGUUGUCUUCCUUGAAGUUGAUGUCCAUGUCUGUCCGACAACAAAGGAAUCCAACAACAUAUCAGCCACACCGACGUUCUUAUUCUUCAGGAACAGGGAUCGGGUCGACCAGUAUCAAGGAGCAGAUGCAGCGGGUCUUGAGGACAAAAUCAAACAGCUCACAGAGAAUGAUCCAGGAAACAGCGAGGACUCUGACAUUCCAAAGGGAUAUAUGGACCUCAUGCCUUUUGUCAACAAAGCCGGCUGCGAAUGCCUCAAUGAGAGCGAUGACUGCGGCUUUGACAACUGCUUACUGAAAGACUCGUCCUACCUGGAGUCAGAUUGUGAUGAACAGUUGCUGAUAACUAUCGCCUUCAACCAGCCUGUGAAGCUCUUCUCCAUGAAGUUGCUGUCCUCAGACAUUGCCCAGUCCCCUAAAGUGGUGAAGAUAUUCAUCAAUCUCCCACGCUCGAUGGGUUUCGACGAUGCUGAACGAAACGAAGCCACCCAAACUCUGGAAAUGGCGGAGGAAGACUACAAAGACGAUGGAAUCAUUCCACUGCGCUAUGUCAAGUUUCAGAAUGUGCAGAGUGUAACGUUGUUCAUCAAAUCAAACCAAGCAGAUGAGGAGACAACAAAAAUAAACUACUUGACAUUCAUUGGUACUCCAGUACAGGCUACCAACAUGAAUGACUUCAAAAGGGUUGUGGGAAAGAAAGGAGAGAGUCACUGAUGGUAGGAAAGAAGAGGCUGCUGAUAUUUUAAAGGACUUUUCCCUUUGCCAAAGCUGCCACACUUCAUGCAGACAUCAACACAUACCACGCAAAGACGCACUCACACUCCUCAACUCGUGAAUUAAAGAAUUAUCAGUGUCUGGGGACUCUCAGUCUAUAAACAUUUGUAUUGUAAUUCAAAUUAAAAAUCCUGUAAAUAAAACAGUCCUUUUGCAAAGGCA